AUGGCCAAAGAGGUGCUGCGUAUUCCAGUACACUUCGUAUCACAUGUUACAUUACCACUGCAAUCCCUAGACCUAUGUAUAAUACGUGUUUUUAUUUUGCCUCAUUCCAGCCUUAACGGGGCCACCAAUGCGCUGAAAACAAUUUCGGCGGCCGGUGCUGGUGCCGCAACGUCCUCGCCGAAAAAAACCCUGCUGAAGGCAGUUACGGCUGCAACGGCCACCCAAACCCGUGAAUACCAUGAGGUUACCGGUGAUAUCAUCUCGCCGUCGAUGGUGAUGGGCAUCGAUCAUUUGCGUGAUCCGCGCCUGAACAAAGGUCUAGCCUUCACGCUCGAAGAACGGCAGAUCCUGGGCAUCCACGGGCUGCAGCCGGCCCGGUUCAAAACCCAAGAGGAGCAGCUGGAGCUGUGUCGAAUUUCGAUCUCUCGCUACCAGGAAGAUCUCAACAAGUACCUGUACCUGGUGGAUCUUCAGGAUCGCAACGAAAAGUUGUUCUUCCGACUGAUCUCCGAGGAUGUCGAGAAGAUGAUGCCAAUUGUGUACACCCCGACAGUGGGUCUGGCCUGCCAGAAGUUUGGACUGAUCUACCGUCGGCCUCGUGGCUUGUUCGUGACGAUCAACGAUCGUGGAUAUGUAUAUGAGGUGCUGCGGAAUUGGCCAGAGUCAGAUGUGCGAGCCAUUGUCGUCACUGAUGGUGAGCGUAUCCUGGGUCUCGGAGAUCUAGGUGCCUGCGGGAUGGGAAUUCCCGUCGGUAAGCUUGCCCUCUACACUGCCCUGGCUGGAAUUCCGCCACAUCAAUGUCUACCGAUCGUUAUCGACGUCGGAACAAAUAACCAGGCUCUGCUGGAAGAUCCACUGUACGUGGGGCUGCGACAUAAGCGAGUCACCGGCAAGGAGUACGACGACUUCAUUGACGAGUUCAUGGAAGCGGUAGUCAAGCGGUAUGGCCAGAAUACGCUUAUCCAAUUCGAGGACUUUGGUAAUCAUAAUGCGUUCCGUUUCUUGGACAAAUAUCGGGAUACGUAUUGCACCUUCAACGAUGACAUCCAAGGUACGGCUUCGGUGGCAGUAGCCGGACUACUCGCCUCCAAGCGAAUUACUGGCAAAAAGAUCUCGGAGAAUACGUUCCUAUUCUUGGGAGCCGGAGAAGCUGCUAUUGGUAUUGCUGAUCUGGUGGUACGGGCUAUGCAGAACGAGGGUUGUUCCCUGCAGGAAGCCCGUGACAAGAUCUGGCUAUUCGAUAUCGAUGGUUUACUGGCCAAAGGUCGUCCAGAAGGAAGACUCGGAGGUCACAAGGCGUUCUACGCCAAGGAUCACAAAGUGAUGAAAAACUUUGCCGAAGUUGUCCACGAAGUAAAACCAACGGUCCUGAUCGGAGCUUCGGCUGCCGGUGGUGCUUUCACGCCGGAAAUCUUGCAGGCCAUGGGCAAAAAUAACGAACGUCCGAUUAUUUUCGCUCUUUCGAAUCCUACAUCCAAGGCCGAGUGUACGGCUCAAGCUGCAUUCGACAACACAGAGGGGCGCUGCAUAUUCGCGUCGGGAUCGCCAUUCCCGCCAGUUCAGUACGGUGGCAAGACCUACUGCACCGGUCAGGGAAAUAACGCCUACAUCUUCCCCGGCAUCGCUCUUGGAGUCAUCGUUACUGGAACGCACCAUAUCCCGGAAGAUAUGUUCCUCAUCGCUGCCCAGGCUGUGGCCGAUCACGUUGCACAGGAAGAUCUGGACAAGGGUUCUCUGUACCCGCCGCUCGGAGCCAUCCAGGAUUGUUCCCUCGAGAUUGCCGUCGGCGUUACCAAAUACGCUUACGAGAAAGGAUUGGCCUCAACUUACCCCGAACCCCAGGAUAAGAUAAGCUACAUCAAGUCUCAUUUGUACAACUUCAAUUAUGAGAGCGCAAUGCCCAUCACCUGGAAAUGGCCGCCACAACUUGACGUCAAGGAUGGCGAGAUCGUGCCCACUAAAUUGCAAGCCUAGAAACUUUACCACUCUGGUUCUCACUAAAUUAUCCAGUAUUUAGCCGUACUUUUGCUCAGCACUCAUUUCCCUCCAUCUCAUUUUCUGUUCCACUGGUUAAGCACAAAAAGUGGCCUCACAGUCCCAUUGGCAUUUUAGUUGUUCAUUUAGGUAUUUUAAAUUGCUUGAACCUAUACUAAACGAACAGAAAGUUCGAUUAAACCUUUUAUAAAAAAAUACAAUUUGGUUUAUGAUUUCCUAUGAUUUGUGAUAUGAGUUUCCACUGUGUCUACCAAUGAUUUUAAUUUCGAAUAAAACGAAAGUGUGUCAAAAAUAUAUUACUUGGUAAAUACCUUGCGAUGCAGUUUUUUAUCUCAGACACAAAUAAAUCAAUGAUUUGCUUUAAUUACAUCGAUUAUCCUGGUAAACUUAAGUUAACAGCUCCUUGAACCAGAUCCGUUAGCACAGCAGUAGUUGUAACAGCAAGAAAUAAACUAAACAAGUAAUAAUUUAUUAUUUUAGAAUCUAAUCAACCCAUCGAAAUGUUCCUUGUGAAUCGGUUUGUUCCCAUCAUGCGAGUUGAAAAAUUAAUUUAGAAAUAACUACCAUCCAUCUUUAAGAAGCCAAUGUAACCGCAAUUCGAUCAUCAAUGUUAUGAGAAUACACUGUGACUGUUUGUUGAGACGA